GUGUGCAGGCGGCGGGUGCGAAGCAGUGAGUUCCUUCAGAUCGCGUCUAAUAAGAAGCUGGCGACGAUGAUGCGCGGCGCCACAUCGAGUUGCCUUUUCAUUUUUAUCUGCUCCAUGGCUGCUCUUUGCGAGAGCAGCUCGAAUUCGGAAGGCACAGUAACGCCCACUGUGAGUUCCUCUUCAAAUACGUCUUUUACCAGCUCAACCUCGCUAUCAUCAUCGGAUUCCACUUCACCAGGAGAAUCAACCUUUCUGACAACUAACCAAUCAAGUAUGGCAAUUGGCACUACAAGCCCAGAAUCCCGUUCAAGCACAGAAAGCGGUAACCCAACCUCAUCCGUCAGUUCAAGCACUACAGUUUUAACGCCAUCCAAAGCAAGUGUCCCAAUAGUUACCCCAACUAAUUUAGCCUCUGAAGCAUCUGCAAAUGCAAGCACAGUUGAAGCAAUGACCACUGCUUUGCAUUCAACAGUUGAGACUACAAACUUCAGUGUCAACCAAACAAACAUGCCGGUAGAUGUGGCAAGUUCAAUAAUAAACACAACUCAACCUACAAGUGUGACAGAUGAUGUCACCCAGGGUUCAACAAUCAUACCCACAACCAUUGCCACCACACUUAAUGCCUCAAGCAACUUGACAACUGCAAGUGUAUCUACCAAUAUUACUGUGCCAACAACAAAUGGGACAACUGUAGUAGAUGCAUCUAACACCACAACAGUGACAAUGACAGUCAACAUAACACUACCAGUGAACACAACAGGUCUCAGUACAGAUGUUCCCCAUUCGAGCUGGAGUACACAGUCUCAAAAGACUUCAACAACACACUCUACAGUUCAAUGCCAACAUUCGACUUGUCCGCCAGGCAGUAAAUGUGUGGAACUUUAUCAGUCACAUACCUGCCGCUGUCCCAUUGGGCAAUUUAUGCAGAGCGGUAACUGUGUAACAGUGAGAACCUUCCCGGGUACUUUGCAUUUAACAAUGGACUUUGAACCUGGUAUGAAUGAUGUUCGUUCAAAGAUAUUCUUAAACACUUCAAGAAGAAUAGAGGAGGAGAUGAAAAAAUUCUUCAAAAAUGACUCUUCCUACUACCAAUCUAUUGUUUGGAAACUUGAAAAGGGGAGUGUUAAGGCCUCUAUUGACAACAUCUUUUCACUUUCUUCCGAAGUAACUGAGGAAUUUGUCAACCAACGUAUCAAAAAUGGCAUCAAAACUUGUUUAAACUGCACAACAAUAAAAGACUCAGACAAUUAUACUUCUGAAAGUAUUUGCAAACGAAAUGUGUGUGAUGUGAACACUUCUAACUGCACAGCAAUUAAUGGGACUGGUGAGUGUAGCUGCCUGCCUGGUUACAACAAGUUUGCAGAUUCCGAUCGAAGUUGCAAAGCUUGUCCAAGCGGACUUAAACUUCGGAAUGGAUCAUGUGUAAAGUGUCCAUUUGGUUAUAGUGGAUUUAACUGUGACAAAUCAUAUUUACUGGCUCUUGUCGUGGUGUCCUGUGUCCUGGGUGGUAUCCUCCUACUCUUGCUGUUGGCUUUAAUGGGAAUAUGUCUCAGAUUAAGGAGCGGUGCCUACAGCUCCUCAUCCAGCUCGCAUGAUUAUAUAAUGUGGCCCAAAUCCGAGAUGCCGAAGAUCCCUCGUGCCACCAUGCACUGGGAUGGCAAUCAACUUGAAAUGCAGGAGAACGGAAGCACCAGCAGUUUAAAUGAUAUCCACCGGGAAGGAGGGAGAAUGCCUGAGAAGAAUGAUGACCUGAAGACUUUUAAAGGAAAACAGCAGUCUCGUUACACUUAUCUCUGUCAAGGGCAGGAGAAUCCAUAUUAUGUCAGUGAUGAAAAGAAGCCAGAAUACCUGUAAAAAUGAGAAGAUGGCAUAAAUGCACUCAUACUGAAAUAAAGAGGAUGGAACCCUUUGUACUUGUGUGCUCGUUGCACAGCUAGUAUGAGGGAGGGGAGAAAAAAGAUGAUUUUUACAAAUUUCUAAACCCAUGUUAUUGGAAAAUGGAAUUCCAGCUCAUUGGCUACUAAAAUAUCAAGAUGGGAAGUCAAAUUUCCAAUGUCAGCUUUUUAGAACAUGUUGUUUACCUCUCCUCCUCCUCCAACAGCAAAUCAAAUCCUUACUCCAGAUAUAACCACACGAAACAGGGGAGAGGAAAGAAACUUAGAAUAACUGGCCACUCAAUUUCUUUGACACCACUGUUGGGAUUUUUGCGGGAGGAGUGAAUCCCUGAUAUGAAGAGUAUCUCCCAUUUGAGGCAUUUUAUUGUUUUAAUUAAAUACUGACUCACUGCAUUAAUUUUCAAAACCCUAAGCAUACAGGUCUCUGCUGUGUCAGGGAAAUAGUUCAUUCAGAGUUCAAUGUCAUACUGCACAUAGCUGCAGUAGAAAGGCCUCCUUUGAAAUGAUUCAGGAAUCUUCACCUGAACUUCUCAAAUGAAAGAAUAUAUUAAAUUGCCCUUUUACUUUUAAGAUUUAAAAAGUUAUCCUUAGAAUAUCAACCUUCCUUUAUAAUGACAAGGAAAGUUGUAACAUUUUUAUGCUUGUUUGAAUGUACUUAAUUAGGGUUGGAUGCAUUUGCCUAGCCACACCACUAACUGUUCCUCCUUUAGUAAAGUCAGGGGUAAAAAUAAUUUCAGUCUACUUUUAAUAGAUGUUCUAUCACCACCUCUGUAGUAUUACUCUGCUUUCCUUAGGUGGGCUGUAAUAAGCAAUGUGAUGAGAUAACUUUUCACAUAACUAUAUUUACCACAACAAAUAAUGAGAAAAUUAUCUUUGAACUUGUAUUGAGAGAUUGGUUUGUAGGAAGUAGUAAAUUAGAAAUUUGCCACUUAAAAUACUAGAUGGAAAUUGUUCACCUUCUAACAUGAUAAACGACAUUCAUUUAUUGCAUCACCAGCAAGCUAAAGGAGGGCACAUUUUCACCAAAAAUUAGCUUUGUUUUAAAAAUUGCAUAUUUUACUAAUGGAUUAUGUAGAUAUCUUGUAAAUAUUCUGGUGCAUACUUUAGCUCCGAGAUGUAUAUUUAGUUUAUUGACUACUGUAGACAAACUUCUGGUUUGAAUCUGCAGUUGGUUUAAAACCUUCAGUCUUUUGAUUAUCGAUUCAUUAAUUUAUUUUCUGCAGUGAAGACACAAAAUCUAAUUUUUACCUGGCAUUAAGGGGUGGUAUUAUGCUUGUCAAAUGUGCAUUAAAGUAGAUUUUGAUUGUUUAUCUUGACUUUGAUAGCUGGUUUCUUAACAUGUUGAAAAUUUUAAUAUAAUGGCUAACACUGUAAGAGAAAUUCACCCUUUUUUAUUUGUCAGUAAAAUUUGCUUUGGCUUAUUCUCAGUGCUACAUUUCAAUUCUGGGUCUUGGAUAUCUUACCUAACUCUCCAAUACUUUUGUAACCUCUAGUUCUUUCUGUGAGCUAGCUGCACUGUGGGAAUAUUUACAAGCUGACCAUAGCAUUGUGACUAACACAUGAGCUUGAGUAUGGAGACCCUGUGACCAAGUAUAGUCAUAUACAUGUGAUGUUGACAUCAUGGUGCAUAGUUUCUGUAGGGACAGCAUUUUUACUGCCCCAGUGAGAUUGGCUGAGGCCAUAUAGAACUAGUGGAAAAGGUCUGACUGCCAGCCUUAAAUCAGUUUUAUUAAGUUAACUAAAGGAACUACCAGUGCUACAGCAUAUUGGUAUAGUAACCACACAAUAAAAACACACAAAUAAAAAUAUCUACAGAUUAAGUAGUUGGAAUUCCAGGUUUAGUUUUUCCUUCUCUGAUUAUUCUUAAAGAAUAGUUUAAAUAAUGAUGAGUAUUAGUAGCACUUGACUGUUAAUGAUUUAAAACGUGGUGACAAUGCAUUAUCAAAUAGCAAAGCCCAUUAAUUUCCCCAAUUUGGCCAUAUGGGAAAUAGCUCCAAAGACUGAACCACGCAAAUGUUAAUUAGUCCUAGCAAUCUUUUUAUUUCAAACAUUUGCAUUUCUUAUUUUUAUGUGUAGACAAAGUUUCUUCAGAAGCUAACUCAUUAAGGUGGUCCGGUGGACAAUUUGAGGUAUCUUAUUUAAUUGCAUUGCUUAAAUUGCAUAGCUUAAACUUUGAAGCACAUUAAUGAAACAUUGAUAGUUUAUGCAUGUAAAAGGAAACAUUUUGUUUCUAUUUCAAAAUUGAACUGUAUUAAUAGCAAAGACGUGCCUAAUUUUUUUCUCUUUUACAAAGGAUAUAUUUUUGCAAUCCUUCGAAAGUCUAUCAGAAAUGCAAGGUUCAUUUGCUUAAGAAGUGGAUUAUAGUUUUCAUAGCCUAAGUAGAUCACAUUUGUCUGGAAUGUAUGCAUAUUUUACAUUGGUAAAAUUGUUUAUCUAUUAGCAUAGAACAGUUGAACAUGACCUGCUUUUGGUUCUCCACCUCAUUCUGAUUUUUGCUGCCAACUUUACCCAGUAUUCUCAAAAAGAGAAGUUCAAUUGCUGAUGCUUCUCAAGAAGGGCCUGAUGUUGUGGGUGCAUGGGCGGGUGGGCGGUUGUGUUUUACAAGAGAUCAUUACAAGUAUUCAUUGCAUUUGGAAAGAAUUAGUUGUCGUAGGCUUUGAAGUCGUGUUUUAGCCUAGUAAAUAGAUUGUGUAACAUUGCUUUCUUAAGUGGUACUAUUUCAGAAUUUAUUUUUUGGAUUUGGACCAGAAUUGGACCAGGCAUUUGCAUGGUUUGAACUCUUCCCAAGAUCUGUCACGCACCUAAGGAUGAUGUUGUUUAUUUACCACCCCUCUCCAUAUGCCAACAGCAAUUGGAGCUCAAACUUCACACUGUGACAGACAUGGAAUAAUCUCAGUAUAAGUGAAAGCAUAUUGUCCAACUUUCCCUCUGCUUUUAAAAGAGAUGCUCUUCAUUAUUGGGAGAUCUGAUUUGGCAGUUCCAGAACUGAUUCUGGUUGCUCAAACAUCUUCCAGAAUUAGUACAAUGUGCUUAAUUAAGAUUAUAUUUAUACCAAUAUUUAGUUCUGAGAUGUUCAUUCCAUGGGUGGCUUUGUGCUAACACAACUGACUGCAGUCCAUUACUGAAGGCAGAGUUAUGUCUAUGACUGGUCACUUGGUGGGUCAAUGAGCUUCAGAGAAGUGGCAAGCAGAGCACCCCCCCCCCCCUUGUCUGCAGAGACACCUGCACCUUUUCUGUAUCAUUUUGCUAAGCACAGGCUCUGUCUUUCUGAAUCUGUCAUCACGGAGUUGUGUGGCAUUCUGCAAGAAGACCUGGACCCUUUUAUGCCUGGACUGUUCAUCAUGGAGGUUAAAUUAUGUUGAUUCUUAACUUCCUAGCCAUAGGCUCUUUCCGAGUGACCAUGGCAGAUCUCCACGGUGUCUAGGCCUCUAGGCCUCACGUACAUGAAUUAAUCUAUCUUCCUGUUGAUUUCAACAAGGAUUAGGUGGCAUCUCUUAGGAUUUGCUGGCAUUGUAGCCUCCCGUAGGAGCUGGUGGCCAUUGGUUGCACUUAAACACAUUGUGCACACCACCCCCCCCCCCCACCCCGCCACCCGCAGAUCCCAGCUCUUUACAUUGACAGUAAUGGUUUCCACUCCAUUAAAAAGCAGAUUUCAUUCCUCAUACUGAAGGCCAUGUUUCUGAGAAGCAGGUAUGACCUCAUUGUAGGACCACAAGUCAAAAUGAAAUAAUACUGUCUGGAGGGACAGAUGGCUGGGUGUAAGGGGUACCCUUUAUUUCCAUAGCCAUUCACACUGGUGUUGCUACAAUGAGAACCAUGCAAGCAGCAUCAUGAUUGCUUUCCUCGCGAUGAGAUGUCUUUGCCUGCAUUAGUUUAGGGCCACAUUUCAGUAAACGUGGAGAUUUCAUGUGUUAAACAUAGCACAUUUUAUAAAAUUCCAGUCAGUAGUAUGUGUCAGAGGAGCAGCAAUUAGACCUAGAACUUGAUGGUCCUUGGCAUGGAGCAGCAGAGCUGGUGUAGGAAGGCAGCUACAAGGGAGAUGAGCUUGGUCUGCCCACACAACCUUACUUACCCAGACAAGGGAAGAGUUGUUGAGACCCCGGUGGAAGCAAAAUGAUCCUCUCCAAAUGUCGACAGAGUGCCCCAAUAAUCGGAUGGGAAGCUUAGAUAUACUGAAAAGUCCUCUUGCAACUUUCUUUGCAGUUCCAACUGGUCUGAAAUUAACACAAUGAGUACAUCAAUGUCUUGUUCUGAUCACUGAAGCCUAGCCCAAAGAACUCUUUCCCAUGAGGAUCUCUGGUCUGCAGGCAUAAACAAUGUGCAAAUCAUCAGAAUGUAACUUUGUGGGGUCAUGAAAUUUAUUUUCCCUUUUUUUUAAUUUGGAGAUUCUCACUCCUGGGGGGAGAUUACAGUAGCAUCUGCAUCUCCAGUCAAUUCCGAUAAAAAUGGCAGGGCUGAAAUGUUAACUUUGUCUCUCUACAAAAUCUGCUGUCUAGAGCAUUUCCAUAAUUUCAUUUCCAUGCUUUUCACCUCCUGCCCGGCUUCUCUUUUGCUGAGCUCAGUGAGUCUCCGUGCCUUCCAGUAGUCAAGACCUUAAUCAUAGCUUGUAGCGCGUUAACCAGUACUUGCGUGUCCUCUCGAGUGAUUGUAAGAGCUAUCCCUUAAACCUACGGUCAUAAUGUGUUUCCCUGCAAUCUCACUGAUACGGGAAAUGUGCCAGUUGUGGGUGAUGCCUUUCUCUGACUCUGCAGAUUUUCUGCAAUGAGAUGUAGUGAGAUCCUGUGGAAAAUGCACAGGGUCCCACUUCAGUGCUUAGUUUGGGAUAAACCAUUCUAAAGCCAUUCACAGCAUUUAUUUUUGCAAGGGUCAUGAUUUGGUGGUUGUGCAUUUAGAAACCAAAGGACUGCAUAGACUUUUUAAAAAAAAAUUAAAUUUGGAAUGUUGUGAAGACCUGCCCAGAUUUUUACCAUUUUUGAAAAUUUCUGACUGAGUUGGGUACAACUCUUUUUUCAUGGUGUAAAGUGCAAAAGGAAAGAGACUAACUGAUGUAAUGCUCUUAACAAGAGGCUGGAAUUAGUUUGGUAAUCUGGGUUUCAAUUUUAUCACCCUGCACAAAAGAAGCAUCAAUGAUCCUUUGGAGAUGACAUAAUUUCCACAUCGAUCCCAAAAACAUACAUAAGGGAGACACUUCCAUUCUAUAUUGAGUCUAUUUUACAGAUGUCUUUUGUGUUUGCUUCCUAUUCUGUUUCAGCAAAAAAAUGUAAUGGAAACUGUGUAUUUUUGGGAGCUUCAGCAUUUUUCUUUGCUCAAAAGGAUUUAUUUGCUGCUGUUGCAUGUAAUAAAAAUGACCAAAGUUGCUUUCUUGAUUCAGACUGACUGUUUCGCUUGUAACUUUUUGUACAUUGCAAUUGUGAUACUUGUAAAGCGAUUUAAUGCCAAAUAGGAGUAAAAUCAAGAGAAUUUCAAAAAAGCUGUUUUAAAAAGAAUCACUGGUAUUGUAAUAUUGAAAGAUGUUUUUCUAUUGAUAUUGAUUACUAUUGCAAAAUUUUAAAAUGUUUAAAUUGAAAUAAAGAAUUACUUUCCA